AUGGAGCCCGAGAUGCAGGCGGCGGAGGAGGGGCCCAGCGCGCCCCGCAUCUACAAGCAGCGCGGCCCCUACAGCGUCCUCAAGACGUUCCCCAGCCGGCGGCCGGCGCUGGCCAAGCGCUACGACAGACCCUCUCUGCUCGAGCUGUCGCCCGCGCGGCCGUCCCCGCUGCCGCCGCCGCCGCCGCCGCCGCCCUUCGCCUCGCUCGCCGCCGUGCCCAUCAGCAGCAGCGAGCCGCCGCCGUUCCCGACGCAGCCGUCCUACCCGGCCGGCUCAGGCCGGGCCCCCGCCGCCGCCGCCGCCUCGUCGUCGUCGCCGUCCUGCACACCCGCCGCGCCCCCGGGCCAUCCGAGGACUCCGGCGCCACCGCCGCCGCCGCCGCCGCCGCUCGCGGCCCCCGCCGCCUCGUCGUCGUCGUCCUUCGCCGCCGUCGUCAGGUACGGCCCUGGCCCGGCGACCGGCGCUUGCAGCAGCGGCGCGGGUAGCGACGGCGCCAGCCUGGAGCUCAGUGCAGAGAGCCGGAUGAUCCUGGAUGCCUUUGCCCAGCAGUGCAGUCGUGUUCUUAGUCUCUUAAAUUGUGGAGGAAAACUUCUGGACUCCAACCACUCUCAAUCCAUGAUUUCUUGCGUCAAGCAGGAAGGCUCUAGUUAUAAUGAAAGACAGGACCAGUGUCACAUUGUGAAAGGGGUCCAGAGUCAGACCUCUGACAACAUGGACAUAGAGAUGCAAUAUAUGCAAAGAAAACAACAGACUUCUGCCUUUUUGAGAGUGUUCACUGACUCUCUCCAAAAUUAUCUGCUCUCUGGGAGCUUCCCGACUCCAAACACCUCAUCAGUCAGUGAGUAUGGCCACCUGGCUGAUGUGGACCCUCUCUCAGCCUCCCCGGUGCACACCUUAGGUGGCUGGACCUCCCCGGCAACGUCUGAGUCCCACGGUCACCCAUCCUCCUCCACGCUGCCGGAGGAGGAAGAGGAAGAGGAAGAAGAAGGCUACUGCCCUCGAUGCCAGGAGCUGGAGCAGGAGGUGAUCUCGUUGCAACAAGAAAACGAAGAGCUCAGAAGAAAAUUAGAGAGCAUUCCAGUGCCCUGCCAGACCGUCCUCGAUUACCUGAAGACAGUGCUUCUGCACCACAACCAGCUCCUGCCACAGCCUGCCGAGCAGCCCACAGAGGGAAGCAAGCAGCUGUUGAACAACUAUCCUGUGUACAUAACGAGCAAACAGUGGGAUGAGGCCGUGAACUCCUCCAAGAAGGACGGGCGGCGGCUCCUGCGCUACCUCAUCAGAUUUGUCUUCACCACAGAUGAGCUUAAGUACUCAUGCGGCCUUGGGAAAAGGAAAAGGUCAGUGCAGUCAGGAGAGACAGGUCCCGAAAGACGCCCUCUGGAUCCAGUUAAAGUCACGUGCCUCCGAGAAUUCAUUAGGAUGCACUGUACCUCAAACCCUGAUUGGUGGAUGCCCUCGGAGGAGCAGAUAAACAAAGUGUUCAGCGAUGCUGUAGGACAUGCCCGACAGGGACGGGCAGUGGGGACUUUCCUGCACAACGGUGGCUCGUUUUACGAAGGGAUGGAUCACCAGGCCUCCCAAGAUGAGGUCUUCAACAAGAAUUCACAGGAUGGAUCUGGGGACUAGCGGACAGAUUUGUCCCAGUGCUGUUUAGUUGCUUGUGUAAGAGCUCCAGUUGUGAAUGUCCAUUCCCUUGUCAAUUAGAGUCCAAAGCAUGUUAUUCCGUCAUACUUCUCACAUUCUCGGACUUAAAACUUUUGACCCACUGCCACAGUUCCCAACUAGGAAUCUACUUUAGGAUUUUGAGGGGGAAAUCUCUAGCACCUGCAGUAGAUGUGGGAUGUGUUAUAUCACAGAGGGAAAUGUACAGUUGAUAUGAAGUCAUUUCUAGCUAGACAUUGAGGGUGUCUCCAGCCCCAGAUCUUCAGGGAAGCCUGGCCUCCUGAGCAGAGCUGGUCUCCAGGGAAGGCUCAGUUAGUGUUCCUGCACAUGGGCGAAGGAAAGACAAGCAACACACAUGGUCUCUAAUUCCAGUAAGCUGUCUUCGAUUUCCUAAGACUUGAUUUCAGAGUUCUCAGCAAAGACACCGGCUAGGUGACACUGUAAGCCUCCAUCCGUUUACGGUAAGAAGCCAGAACAGAGGCCAUGUCUACAGAGUGCGUAAGCGGAAGUCAGCAACUUUUCUGUUACCUUACAGACAAAACUCACUGUGUCCGUCAGAAAGGCAAUCUCACUGCUGUGGUUUACAAGCGGGAGAUUCUCUUUUAUAUCUUUAGGAAACAUCCAAAGAUCCAAAACCAUUUUUCUCAAAUGCCUCAUUUCAUAAGUUCCUAAUGCACAGCUUCCGUAGCCUUAAAUCAUCCUUCGCUGUCACAGUGCCAUGGUUGUGGGUUCAGCGAGAACCUCCACAAGCUAGCUGCUUGGUAAGAUCAAAUGCAGGGCACGAACGACGGCAUCUGCUGUUGAUCAGGGGUCUGGUAUUGUAGACGUGGAGCAUCAAGGCCGUUCUGACAACUAUGCAAUGGCUUGUGGGUGAUUUCUCUGAAAUUUGAGGCCUUUGCUGGGCUGAGUGAAGAAUAUAUAGAACUUCUGUUUCUCAUCGUCAUGGAUGAAAGCGCCCAUCCAGCUGUGCCCAUCCUCCUCAGUCUAAGCUCUGAGUUACCGUCUGCUUCCCUGCUUAGUUUGUGGAAUCCGAAUGUGAGGUUAGUGAUGCCCUGGGAACCACUUCCUAGUAAAGGCUACAGAGGUGCUGUAAUUGUUACUGAUGAAGAUUAAGCUUUGGACCUGAGGAGAAGACUGGCUUUAUUAAAUGAAUCCAGAUUACUAUGUUUGUGGAACCAAAAGCUAAAUGGUCAGUGUUUAUGAAGAUUAUGAGCGUCAUCAACAAACACAGCAAAGGGCUUUGAAAAUGGGGUAGAGAUUCAGACUGUGAGUAUCCGUUUAGAAAAGGACUUUUUGGGGGGGACAGUUUUGUCAGAAUAAUCACACAUCCUUUAGAUUCAAUAUUUAGCAUCUGAUUUUGAACAAAUAAGCUAAACAGUUUGGAAGUAAAAGAAAUGAAAUGAGUGAAUGAGCUGUCAUUUACAGUGGACCCAAGAGCAGUGUCUUUGGCUGUCCAAGAAAAGGGAUGUUGUUUUUUUCUUAACUAUGAACACUGUCUCCAGAUAACAUCCAGCAUAGCAUUAAUGUUGAUAGCUUCUUGCUGGUCUGGGGCACUCACUAUCAUCUCGUUAAAAUCCUCAUUAGUAGCACCGAAGACUUCUCUUAUUGCUGUUUAUCGGCACUGCUGAGUCCCGUUCCUCUCUUUGGUGGUUUAUUUUCGGCCUGUUCAACCUCACUGAGUUUGGUCAGUAAGCUUGGACAAGCUUUCCUUGGUUGUCCUGUAGUCUUUAAAUGAUCCAUCGAGUUUUCUCUUCCACGAGUUUGCAACUUUACAUAAGUUUGGGAAGUUGGCAGGAGCAAGCCUCGUGGCCAUGGAGCCUUAGAACCUUAGCAUAAGGAAUCAGAAGGUGCCCCCACCGAGUGGCCUGAGUUCCUCCUCCACCUUUUUAAAGGCUCCGAUCUCAACACCAACUCUGGGUAGCAUCAUGCCCUGGGACAAGCCUUUGUCAAUGCAGCUUCUAAUUGUCAUCUCUGCAUAGGCUGAUAUUAGCUUUAGUUGACUAAGAGCCUGUGCUGUUGAGCCUACAUCACCUUCCCUGUUGAAUGUAGCUUUAAGGAAGAGGGUAUCUAAAUCAUUUGUGGGCAUACCUCCACCAAGGGUUCUUGCCACUUGCUUGAGAUGUGCAGACGGCACCCACUGCUUCCUGUACUGCACUGCAAGGUCUGGAUAAUAAGAAGUGCAGUGGAGUCCUAUGAGCUGUUGUCAAUUCCAUCUGGAGCCUCAUUCAAUAUGAUGUUGAAAGGGGUGUUUCUUGGUGUGUGAUCCGAGGUCUAGGAAGUCUGGCCUAGGGAAUCGCCAAUGUCAGGAACCUGGCUGUUGUGCAUAUGAGGAAACUGAGGACCACAGUGCUGACCUCCAUCGUAGCAGUUCUCACGUAGUUACAUGAGGGCCUGUAAUCAGCCUGGUCAAGUGUCCCUUUUCCCUGCCUGCUUGUGUGAUUGCUGUUUUCUUCAGCUUAGUUUACCGCCUGAUACCAGCAGUCAAACACUUCGGUUUGUUUCAGCCUUCUGCUGGCUCUUUCCCUUUGUGGGGACCCACUUCAGGCUGGGGUGCUACUCAAGUCAUAGUGGUUUCCUGUGUGGCCCCCUGAGUAUUAAGUCAGCCUGCAACAGGUGCUGCUUCUGUGAACUCACUGUUAGAACUGAGUACCCUGAUUUCCCCCACAUGCCUUGAGUUUGUUGUUUAGAGGUCUGAAGAUGUCAAAUCGACUUGGUUUGAUUUUCCAUGUCAUUCUGGCAGUCAGACACAUUGCUUUCGUGAUGCAAAACCUAGUCCUCUGCCAACUUUUAGAAUUACCCCGAGCCAUUCAGUGUUGCUUGGAAGUAGAUGAGUUAAAAAUAUAUCUCAGGAUGCAGCUGUGCUCUGUCAUUGGUGGGGAAAAUGUGGUUGCCAGGCUGGUGUAACUGAAUGUGGCGUUUUCGUCAUUUAGGUAGGUCCGGAGUCCCAGUGUCAGAGGCUCCAUGGUUCACAGUGAUGUUUUCGUGGCAUAUCCUUCAUUUUCGAAAUUAAAAUGCCUGCUUCUCACAAGGAUUUAACCCCGGGUACAGAUCUUGCCAAGAGAAUGAUGGCCCUGGAAUGAGCUGUCAGGGGACUGGGACUGGGAACCGGUGGAGGGGGACAGCUUUACAUUUGAUAAGGCCCCAUUUCUCAUCAGCCCAUUUGUGGGUGUUGAGCCUCUCAUGGUAUCAAGAAAAGUAUAGCUGUUUCUACAAGUCCUUAACCCUGUUCCUCGUCUGUCACAGCAUUUAGGGGACUGUCACCAUGUGUUUCAUAAGGCUUUCCCUACUGUAGAGAGUGGAGGGGUAAAAGCGUGCUGAUCUCUUGGUCAGGUGUUGAGGGAAGCGCGUGCCUCUGCUAGUCCCUAGCAGGCUGUUCAUGUACCCUCCUUCAGUGAUCUGCACCGAGGCAAUGCCUUUGUCAGGAUGAUAAGGAGACAUGUUACUACAGUCUUACUUGGUACAGCUUCUCUGCAUGGCACUGAUGCAAUCGGAUUGUGGUUUUCACUCAGUCCAGUAGUGAUUUUUGAAUGAUUUGCUGUUUACACAAAAUCUAAACAAUAACUCCUAAACUUCAGAAUCUGCAGGUGUGUGGUUUCUGCAUAUCCCUGCCAUUUAAUGACUUGUGCCUCUUUUGCAACUCUGAGAAAGUGGACGGAACUCCUGGGAAGGUGUGAAUUAUGUCCAGAACGCAAACAUGACCCUCAUUUGAGUUCUGUGUUUUGCACGGUACAGGGGGUCAACCAUGUAUGUGCUCUAGACUAGCCCUGACACCCACUGACUACCUCCUUAGUUUCUGUAUAGACCAGUUGUCUUUUUUUUUAGUUUAAAGGUCAUUUUUGGUGACUUAGAAUUUGAAGUGUAUAAUUUCCUCAGUGCGGUAUCAUCUCACAGUACAGGUCUGUGUUAGUCUGUGACAGCUGUCACGUGUGGGUUUGUAGAAAUGUAAUAGAAAGUGGGUUUGCACAUACGGUGUGAGUCUUCCUGCUGUGUGCUUAAUGUGGCAACACUUGCCAAAGCUGCUUGGCAAACACGUCAAAAGGGAUGCUUGAGUCACAGCUCUAAUGCAAAUGUGUCGCAACAGCAGUGUGUGUCAUUAUGAUGUAUUUCUGUAAACACAGUGAUGGCUUCUUUCAGUCAUAUAAGUACUGGAUAAAAAUAACCACUUGAAACACUGGAGGGAAACGUCACUUAGCUGAUGGCAAAGCUAGUCGCAUUAUCAGCCAGGGGCGCGUGUGUGUGUGUGUGUGUGUGUGUGUGUGUGUGUGUGUGUAAAAUGGAGAGGGAAGAAUUGACAUCAGCAAUGUGGAAGGCAAAAGUAAUACCCCAUCGAAUUAGAGGUCACUCGCACUCCCCAUAGUAUAUUGGAUUUUAGGAAAUACUGGGAGAACUGGAAUUCUCACACUAAAUUAUUGGCCUUGUCAGUUUGACUACUAAAGGCAGUGGAUUACCAAAAAUUUUUGAUUCUACGCUUCGUAGCUGGCUGUAAGGGCUGUGCUCUUGUUGAAUCAAUUCCCCAAAUUGCAACAAAAGUACAUCUGCUAGUGAUACGCAUUCAAAAACCUGGGUCGCUCUGUACAGUGGCAUCAGUACUAGUGGCCAGAUGUGCCUCAGCGUGUUAUAGAAUGAUUUGGUCCCAUUGGAAACGACUCCCACCGCAAUAGUAACUACAGCUACCUAACUGACUCUUGACUCGUGCGUGCUAGCUGCUUUGAGAAGCACUUUAAUGCAUCCUCUCCUCUCCUUGUACCUUCUCAACUGCCCUAAGCUGUCCCUGCCCGGGUGCUCACCUGAGCUUCCUGUGAGCUCCCUAAACAGAAUGGCCACUUCUCUUUACCCCAGUCAAGCGUAGUUCUCAAAGUCUACCAACACUUUGGAGUGAACGUUUCUUAAUUUUCUGAUGCUAUGAAGGGAAAGUUGGUAUUUGUAUCAUUAAAUCUGCUUUGGAAAUAUGCAGGUGCUUAAGUAAAAAGCAUGUACAGCCCAGGCCCCCAGGACUGGCAUGAGGCUUGGCCUGACUGACACCGUGUGAGGGAGACCAGAAACUCUUAAAGGGGACACACCAGAAGUCUAGUUCCCUCCUGCUUUUCUAGAUUCCCUGUACAAAGAUGUGGGAACAUAAAGGAAAACUCUGGAUCUUGUGAUUAGACCCUCUUACAUGGCCCCUGGUGAUAGCCUUGGCUGUUGGCCAGUGUUCCCGUCUCUGUGGCUGGUUUUGCAGCCUCUGGUGACACUUCCAAUUUGGUAGGACAGGAGGUUUUAGUUGACGAUGUCACUGUGAGAACUGGAGAGGAGAUUGUGUAAAGAUUUCAGUGACCUCUUGGGUUUGCCCCUGUAGUUCAAGACAUCCUUGGAGAGCAUGCCAAGGCCACGGUGAGCCUGGCCUGUGCCUCUUGGGAGCAAAUCCUGCCCGAGGCAGGCGGGGAAAUCACUGUCCAGGCUGCCCCUGCCCAGGCUAAGCCUCACCUUCACGUGGUUCCUCUGCAGAAGGGCGUGUAGCAGCUAACACGGGGGCCAGUUGCCUUUACUCUAUUUUCUAUGAUGAAUACUUGUGGAGAAACUGUGACAAAUCCAUUGAUCCUAAUAUUUUUUAUUGUUGGAGUCUUGUGGCUUCUCUGAAUAAUUUCUAUUUGAUUGUACUGUGUAGAAUUCAUACACACUAGGGAAUAUGUUAAUAAAGCUAAAAUGCAUAGUAUAAUAUAGAAUAGCAAAAAAAAUUUUGUGAACAAUUUAUAUAGAAGAGUAAGUUGUUUUUUAAGUGUUAGGCCAUUUCUUUUAGGAACUUAAAAUGUUAUAAGAGUUUUUUAAACAUUCAAUAUUUUUAAUUAUAAGAGACAUUUGUUACUAGAGCUAAUUAUUUCGGGUGUUCUAAUUGGAAUAUUGAUUUUCUUACCUCAUAUACCUCUAGAAUGCCACAUGUUCUGUUGGGGAUAAAAAUUGCACAAUAAAUGUCAAGUUA